CCGGGUUCACUCAAACAGCGCCACCGGACUUUUCGUACUGUAAAAGCUAGCGCGGAAAAGGGGCGGUGAAAAUAUCUGAAAGGAAGUGAAGAUUUCGAGAUCGCUGAUUAGGGUUAAACGAAAAAAAGGGGGGCUCGUGAUAAAGGAUGACUAACACGUAAUAAUUGGCAGAUUGUUUUUUGUUUAUGGCCAACUCACUCUGCAAAGCCGAAAGAAUGAAAGGUGGAAAGGCAGAGCGGGUUUGAAGUUGCUUUUCUUCACAGGACAAAACAAAAAAAAUUGCUGAUUUUUCUCUGGGACGCUAGAUUGUUACGAUUUUUCGUUUUCUGCAGCUGCACCUCCGUCUGCAAUAGGAAGAUCAUGGGAGGAAGACUCCUGGAGCGCAGGCUGAAAUGAUUACGGCGCCUGGAGGAAAAUGCGACUGCUCCUUCGGCAGACGAAACCCCGGCGAGCCGGGAUCUGGGUUGUCUUCGCUGUGCUAGCAAUUUCGGUGGCUUUGCUGAGCCUCUUCGUGGCCGCCUGUUCACUGGGACAGACUCGAACUCUGUCCCAGUCGUUCCAGACUCUGCAGGACCGCCUGUCCGAGCUGGACUCCAAGCGAGAAGCCAUCAUUCAUCUGUUGCUGGAUGAGAAGGGGUUGCUGGCCAGCAGGAGGCACCGUAGAGAAGCUCCCAGAGGAUCGAGGAAGCAGCAAAAAAAUGGGCCCAGUGCAGCGCACUUUGAAUUACCUGAAAAAGAAGACUCACAAAGUGUGAACAAUGAUGAGAUUAUCAAAGGCUGGCAGGAAGUAAAACUGAAUGUCACCAACCCCAUUAACUUUGACAAGAGCCAAGGGAAGUUCACUGUGACCCGGAGAGGGCUGUACUAUCUCUACUGCCAGGUGCACUUUAGAGACCGCAGCUCUGCCUACCUGAAGCUCUUUGUCAAGCUCAAUGACAGGGUGGUGUUUAAUUGCUUGCAGAGUCACACCACAACUCCAUCAUCAGGUCAUAGUAUCUUGCAAGAUUUUAACAGCUGCCAUGUGUCGGGCCUGAUCGAGCUACCUGAAUCGGCCGUGCUCACUGUCCAUUCCAUCAGGGGUGUGAGGAUCCAUUACAGCCAGAAACUUAAUUACUUUGGCCUUUUCAAGGUGAAAUGAACUGACGUUUGGUGACUGCUGCAGAGUGCCAUAUAAAGAAUGGAGAAUCGGCUAUUUUGUGACCAAAGUACAAUUAAGUAAGAAGAAAUCUACUGCUUUAUUGCUGCCAUGUUGGGCUUCCUCCAAUGCACAAAUGAUGAAGAUAAUCUUCAAACGUAUUAUUCAAACGUGGUAUUAUUAAACUGAUAUUACUAGCGUUGUGAAAAUUUAACCACCAUUACAAUCUGGAGAAGCAUGCUGGGCAAUGGUUCCUAAACAAAUGAAAGGUGUAUUUGAUUCCAGCUUUGCAAGAUUUCCUUCUGAAUAUCCAGAUUUCUCCUUUUUUUCCCUAGUUUUCCUCAUUAAUAUUUUCCUGGAUAUUUUUUUCUGAAACUUUAACAAAACAUCCUUAUACUUUCUGAGGUCUUAGUGUUCAUACUUAGAAGCCAUUUUCCAGAUUUUCUGCUUGACACCUAUGCCUGGAAUAUAGGUCUAGGACUCCACUGGGGGGUUUCCCGCAUGUGCCCCCUAGGCAAAUCUUUUCUUGCUAACAAUGUCAUCUGGGAAUGACCUUGGAGAAUUGUUUCUGGCUCGUUCUAAUGAGUAACUUUUCAACAUAAUUAAUGCUAAAUGACUUUACGUUGUAAUCCUCCUUGGAGAACAUCCAUCUGCGGCUCCCUUUCCUGUUCCUAGUAUUCCAGGCAGUAUUUUCAAAUGGCUUUCUUAGAGUAAAGCUUUCUCUUUUUUUUUUGACCACAGCUUCCCAACAAACAUUUCCCCAAGUUAUAUUUUAAAAAGUUCAGCUUUGCACAUCGGAGAACCUCUGCUUUUCAUCGGCCAUCGCGAUGUUCUCUUCGUUGUGUGUGUUUCUUUGCAGUUGUACACAACAGGCUUAGCCCAUGUUACGCAAUUUUCAUCUGGUUACCUGUGUGAAGGGUUUUCAGCUGGAGGAUGACUCGGAAAUGUUUUGGAAGGUGCACCUUUUGGACAGAAUUGUGGAUAGAACCAAAGAACCUUGUAUAACUUUCAAUGUAAAUGACAUUUGAAACUGUUUUAUGUAAUGGUUAAAAAAGCCAUUUCAAAUGGGGUUCGCUAAUUUGACUCUAGAGGGAUGUUGGUAAAUAUGUUACUGAAUCGUAAUCGUAAACUACUGGACUAGAGCAAUCACCCUGAUGUUGUCCAAAGGACCAUUUUUUUAAUGCCUGCUACUAAAAGAAUUGUUGAUUUGCUUCUGUGCAGACUGUUUGACCAUUUGAUCCACAGCUGAUUCACAGGAGAGUACUGUUUUCUUGACGGUACUGUUAAAGGAGAUUGCUUUCCAUUUUGAGAAAAUCUCUUCCCUUUGAUAAACUCUUUAAAUUGCCUUGUUUCCUAUUAUUGUUAUUGUCACUCUCUCUGUGUUAGUGUUUUUGAAACAUUACAGGGUAUUAGAUACCCAUAGAUCAAGAAAAUGGCAACAAUGUGAAAUACAGAACACCAAAGCCUAACAUCUGAAAGAGGACGCCACCAAAAAGUACUUUGUUAUAUUUUGUAUUCCCUGCAGCAGAAAAAAGUCUCAUGUUUUAUAGUUAAAGAGCCAUGUUUAGACAUUGCUACAGGGUCACAGAAGACAUUAGUGGAACUUUUGUAGUCCCCAGCGAGUUGCUGGUUGAGGCCAACAUCUUUUAUAGCCUUAAUAAAAAAGGGUGUUGUCGACCAGCCAGUCGGUGAUGCAUAUAACCAGUAAAAUUAAGUGAUCCUUUGGGGGAUGGAAUUUAGAUUAAACUGGGCAAACAAACAUCUAACGCUGCUAAUGAAACCCUACUGAGGUUUUCAGCGCACACUGGAAAAGUAAUUGAUUCUAUCUGCGUCUUAUAUUUGAUCUAAAUCUUUCCCACUGAGUAUUUUGCGAUAUACAAAAGCAUUUCAUGUUCAGUCAAAAUCCUUCUAAAGGGGUUUAAUAUUAAAGAUGUUAUAGUUAACA